AUGGACGACGACGACAUAUCAGACGACCUGCUUGCUAAUUUGGAUGAUAUCUGUGCCCAGCAUCAAGCCAAGCCGCAGCAGCUGCGACCGCAGCCAAGCUACGGCCGGGGCGGCCGCAGCGGCAGCGGCGGUGCGAGCAGCGGCGGGGCCGGCAGCGGCGGCAGCGGGGGUGCGGCGGCGCCGCCUGGCAUGGGGGCGCAGCAGCCCUCCCAGCGGGAUGCCGGGCACCAGGACACCCUCCGCCGCACCACCCAGCCGGCCCCCCACCACGCGCCGCCCGGCGGCGCCAUGUCGGCGGCUGCGGCGCUGGCGCAGCGUGCGGAGCUGCAGCGGCAGCUGGAGGCGUCGCAGCAGCAGCUGAUGCACGCGGGGGCAGAGCUGGAAGAGGAGCGGCGCCGCGGCGCCACCAGGGAGGAGCGCUUGGCGACCGCCGAGGCCCGCGCGGCCCAGCUGUCCGCGGAGCUGAAGCGGCGGGAGGAAGCUGCCGCGCAGCUGCAGGACGAACUGAGGAACGCACGUGAGCAGCGCGCAGCGGCCGAGGCGGAGGCGGCGGCCGCCGCUGCGGCGGCCGUCGCCGCGUCGGAGGCGGCGGCGGCGGCGGUGGGCGCGGCGGCGCCGGGAAGCGCGAAGAAGCGGCGGCGGGGCAGCGGCGCAGGCGAGGCGGCGCCAGGGGCGCAGCAGAACGGGGGGCAGGCGCCGCUGCCGUUGGUGACGCAUCAGCAGUCACAACGGCAGCAUCAUCAGCAGCAGCAGCCGGGCCAGCAUCUUGCUGAGCGGCCUGGCACGCCGCCCGCGCCGGCGGCGGGCGGCGGCCCCACGCCAACAGUAGCAGCAGCGGCGGGGCCCGCGCGGCUGGCAACAGGCGGCCCUGCUGCCCCCGGCCUCAUUCCCGCCCUGCUUGGCCUCAAGGUGUGA